GCAAUGAGCAUCAAAGCGGCGCUUCGAAAGCUCGACAAGUCAGUAUCCUGCAGCCCAUCACUAGUUUACUCAUAUGAGACCCUCGCGCUCAGACUUCUUCACUGCCAUAAAAUCAAGCAAAGGUGCGGAAGGGCUUUCCCAUUUCACAUGGUCAUACACUGAGGUGUCUAAUGGCCUCCAGCUCAGGGCUGUCCAUAUGGGAAGAGAAUCUGAAAAGAGAUGGGCAGACACUUAAAGAGAGAGAAGCGUUUCCCACAGAGCAUGGCCUCUGCCAAAGAAGAUGGUGUUGAUGAAAGAACGGUGGACAUUAAAGAAGAGGACUGUGAGCGGCUCACACCAGAGGAUGUGUGCGUGAAGUUGGAGGAUCAUGAAGAAAGAAUUUCAGUUUUUAAAGAGGAGGAGGAGUGCAAGGGAGUGACUGUUGCCAUUAAAGCUGAGGAUCUGAAUGAUUUCUCUGUUGGUUUUGAACUUCAAAAGCAUGAAACUGAGGACAUUUUCAAGCAAGAGGCCUGUCAAGAAUCUCCAUCCAGUUUACAGCUCUGGUCCACUAAUACAGGACGACUGGCUAAUCAGGAGAAUUCUGCAGAGCUGAAAUCAGAGUUAUCGGAGUCUGACGAGAAAAUCACAGAGGGAAAUGAGAGAGAAGGAGAAGAGUCACCUGGGGGUGUUAAAAUAAAUUUACAGAACAAUGGCAGCAUCUCUCCACCUUUAUUUUGGCAGCCCUCUCUUCACUAUAAAGAGAAAGGUAUGAAGAAAUCAGCAAGAGGAUCAGUGAACCUGACAGCAGACUUUUUGCAGUGCAGUUCUCUCCCUGCUACUGGAGCAACACAGAAAGAAGCCAUCAAAAAUGAUCAACAGCAAGUGGAGAAAGAAAUCGAAUUUCACACUGGAAAAAAAUGCUUGGAGUGUGGCAAACAAUUCACACUCAAAAGUGAUCUUAAUAAGCAUAUGAAGAUUCACAGUGGAGUAAAAACAUAUAGUUGUCAUGAAUGUGAUCCCAAGAACCAAGAUGAAACAGGUUCAGUUAAGCGGAGCACAAAAACGAAAACUGUCAAACAAGAAAUGAGAGAAGGCUUUAGAAUUAGAGCUCAAGACUGCAAAACUAACUCAUUUCUUCACACAAGUUCCACAACAUGAUAUACACGUUCCAGGUGAAAAUCAAUCUCCGUCAUCAGAAGUGGACGAAAAUACAGUAAACACCACUUUGAUCACUUCAGAAUCAAAAUGUGAUAACGUUAGAAUCACCAAGGUGAUACAAGCAGGUUCAUCUAGCACAUGUCUCAUAGGUGAUCCCACUUUGCCUGUAAAUUCUCUUGAUACAGAUACCUCUAAAGCAAAUGUUGAUUUGAAUGACUUUACAUUACAUUUUGGGGCUCAAUUAAUUGCUGAAAAUGAAAGUUUAGUGGAUCAUAGUGAUAACAGUGAAAUAAUUCUGUCUGCAAAAGAUGAAGAAAAUCACAGUUUAGCUAAAGAUCCAGGAAUGUGGCUUGAUUUAUCUGCUGAUGAUGUGGCUUAUUGGAUCGCUUGUGGGCCCAGUACCUGUCAACACCUCAAUGGGUCGUUUAACAAGUCUUGUCGACAUUUUAGUAGUGGCAAAUCAGUAAGUUAUUGGUCACAUAAACUUUUUAUUUGGACAAAAGCCAAUGGAUGAGGAAUACAAGAGACAGUGGUUACUCUAUUCACCAUCAACAGGAUCAGUUUUUUGUUUUGUUUGUAAACUGUUUGCUCCUAAGAAAUUCUUGAAUUUUGUUAUAAGAGAAGGAUUCAGUGACUGGCGAAAUACAAUUUUAAUUGAUAACCAUGAGAGAAACACUACUCACCAAGACUUUUUGCUAACAUAUUUAACUCAAAGACAAGGUGCGGGAUUGAAGUCACUGUUGGAGAAACAAAUUCAGAAAGAGUGUGAUUACUGGGAACAUGUCUUGAAGCAUGUCACAGCUGUUAUUUGUAUGUUAGCUGAAAGUGGCCUGGCUUUUCAUGGAACAGAAGAAAGGUUUGGAUCAUUGCAAAAUGGGAAUUUGUUAGGGCUGCUUGAACUCAUAAGCCAGUUUGAUUCAUUUUUAGCAGGCCACAUUUCAAAGUAUGGAAAUUCUGGCAAAGGAAAUCCUUCUUAUCUGUCAAAAAUCACCUGCGAGAAACUUAUUCAAAUAAUGGGAUGAAAGGUCCAUGCAUUCAUUGUUGAAGAAGUUAAAUCUUCUGGUUAUUUUAGUUUGUCCAUUGAUUCAACGCUAGAUCUAUCACAUAUCAAUUAGCUAAGUGUUAUACUUAGGUACUUAAAAGUUGGGCAGCCUACUGAAUGCUUUUUAACCUUUCUGGAAAUAGAAAGUCACACCGGCGAGAAAAUGGCAAACCAAGUGUUGUAAUACUUAUGUGAAGCUUGUAGACUUGAUUUUUCAAAAUGUAGGGGUCAGUCUUAUGACAAUGCUGCUAACAUGUCUGGGCGU